AGUCCUAUGUGUGUGCAUCUAUUUGAAGCUCUAAGAACACAUUCUUGAGGGAGUUCAUCCCACAAUGUUCAUUGUCAGUCACCUUCUUCGUUCCACUCUCAGGUCUCAGUCCUUUGCUGCUUCUAGAAGAGCUUCACAUGAACAUAUCAUCAUGUCCAGCUUAUACAGUACACAGGCUUCAGCACAAACAGAGGAUCCAGGGUUUAAGGGGCAUGAUAUGCUUGCACCUUUCACUACAGGAUGGCAGUGCACAAAUGAAAAUCCACUAGUUAUAGAAAAAUCAGAGGGUUCAUACGUAUAUGACACUAAUGGAAGGAAGUACCUUGAUUCUCUUGCUGGUCUAUGGUGCACAUCCUUAGGGGGAAAUGAACCACGACUUGUGGCAGCUGCAGUAAAACAACUAAAUACCUUGCCAUUUUAUCACUCCUAUUGGAAUCGUACUACUAGGCCUGCGUUGGAUUUGGCAAAGGAACUGCUUGAAAUGUUUACCGCUAGAAAAAUGGGGAAAGUCUUUUUUACAAACAGUGGUUCAGAAGCUAAUGAUAGUCAGGUCAAGCUGGUAUGGUACUAUAACAAUGCACUUGGAAGACCAAAAAAGAAAAAGUUCAUAGCUCGGUCAAAGGCCUUUCAUGGUACAACAUUAAUAGCAUCAAGUCUUACUGGUAUCACAGGUGGGCACCAAGGGUUUGACAUUCCAGCUCCCUUUGUUCUGCACACUGAUUGUCCACAUUACUGGCGUUACCAUCUUCCAGGUGAAACAGAGGAAGAGUUCUCAACAAGAUUAGCGAAAAGGUUGGAGGACCUUAUACUUAAGGAGGGGCCAGAGACGAUUGCUGCGUUCAUCGCUGAACCUGUCAUGGGGGCUGGUGGUGUGAUUCUCCCACCUACAACUUAUUUUGAGAAGAUCCAAGCUGUGCUCAAGAAGUAUGAUAUACUUUUUGUUGCUGAUGAGGUAAUCUGUGCCUUUGGAAGAGUAGGGGCAAUGUUUGGAUGCGAUAAAUACAAUAUUAAACCAGACCUUGUAUCUCUUGCAAAGGCACUUUCCUCGGCAUAUAUGCCUAUUGGAGCUGUUCUCCUGAGCCCUGAAAUCUCUGAUGUCAUUCACUCUCAAAGCAACAAGCUUGGUUCCUUUUCUCAUGGAUUUACUUAUUCUGGACACCCAACUGCAUGUGCUGUUGCACUUGAAACACUCAAGAUUUACAAGGAAAGGAAUAUUGUGGAGCAAGUAAAUCGCAUCUCCCAGAGGUUUCAAGAUGGCAUAAAAGCUUUCUCUGAUAGCCCUAUCAUUGGAGAGAUAAGGGGGACUGGCUUGAUAUCAGGCAUAGAUUUUGUAGACAAUAAAUCACCAAAUGAUCCAUUCCCUCCUGAAUGGGGAGUUGGUUCAUAUUUUGUGGCUGAAUGUCGGAAAAAUGGUUUGGUAGUACGUCCUGGAGGGGAUACUAUAACGAUGGCUCCGCCACUUAUCAUCACUCCUCAAGAAGUUGAUGAGUUAAUCAGUAUUUACGGAAAGGCACUAAAGGCUACAGAAGAGAGAGUGAAGGAAUUGAAGGCUCAGAGGUAGCUGCAUAUGGUUACAACAAACGGCCUGAAGGAACCGGAUCCUGUCUACUCUUAGGUAACAAUAAAUCCUUCUCCGUGGUGGCCAAAUGCUUGAUGGUGAUGAAUAGUUAAUCAGCUUUUGUCUAAGAUAUGAGUGUUAUGCCUGAAAUCGUGUCCAAGAUAUCAAGCUGUUUCUGAACAUCAGCUUGAUAUGGAUUUCAAAGUAAAAUUGCUCAUUUUCGGAAAUAUUUCUUGCAAUAAAAGUUGUUUGAGUUUUUAGCUUUC